AUGAAUGCAACACAAGUUAUAAAAAAUGAACUUGCUCUACUAUCAAAAUUAUAUUACAAAUCAAAAAACCAAUUUAAGUCAUCAGAGUUGCUUAAUAGAAUUAAUGAAGUAAGAAAACUUGGAAAUAAAUUUCAGAUAGCUAAUAGCGAAUACAUCAAACUAAGAUUACAGAAUGCCUGUAUAAAUCUAUACAUUGCGGCAUCUUCUUAUUUUAAAAUGGGACAUUUUGUUAAAUUUAGUUUGCUGUUAUUUGGAAUUUCAAGUAGAAUAUACUCAUUUUUAGAAUUUAAUUUUGUAUACAAAGAUGAAAUUGAUGACAUAUUUGGAGAUCUAUAA